AUGUCGUAUCUCCCUAAAGAGGCCGUAAAUCUCACUGGCGGCUGCUACUGCCAGGCCAUCCGAUACACUAUCAGAGUCCCAGCCUGGGACAACCGCCCUGCUGUUCCUGGCGCCCUCGAGACUCCCAUCUCGUCUACCGAAAAGAUCCAAACGAGACUUCCUUUGAUUGACAUCGACCAUUGUGGCGAUUGCCGACGUCAAGCUGGCUGUUUGGUUCAAUGCUGGCUCAUAGUCCCCGUCGACUGGGUGGAAUGGGACGUACAAUCGAAAGAAACUGCGGGCAAUGAGCAAAUUCUUCGUUUGUCUACCCGCGACGCUGUUGGUCCUGCAUUUGUCGAUAUUACUGUCGGUAGCCUCGAUCCGGAAUUUGUCAAAUUGGCAAAGCCAGACCGACAUGGCUGGUGGGACUUUGGUGUUGACUGGAUCAAGACUCUACUGAGGAAGGGAGAUGGCGGAUUUCUGAUCAGACACCAUACAGGUGAUAGUGCUGCUACUUUCCCUCCGCAACACCGACCUGGAACUCAAGCACCCAAAAGUGAAAGGGCCGCCUCCUGCCUCUCCAAGGCAUCGGCACUUCCAGGAAUGAUCGAGCAGGAUGUGACCCUGCAAGCAGCUCCCCGAGGGGGAGAAACAGUCGUGAACUCGCCAUGGACUCGGUCCCUCAUCGCGGGCGCCUUCGCCGGCCUCACAGUCGACUUCUCGCUAUAUCCUCUCGACACGAUCAAGACGCGCCUCCAGUCGAACCUCACGACCAGCAAACAUGCGUCCAUCCUCCCACGCCAUACCGUCCAGGGGACGUUGCGGAGCAUGUACGCCGGGCUCCCGUCGGCGCUACUCGGUUCGAUGCCGUCGGCUGCGUCCUUUUUCGUCGUGUAUGACGGCGUCAAGAGAGCACUGAUUGAUCCGACGACGCAGUCAUCUUCACGGCAGGCCUCGACGCACAUGCUGGCCUCGUCGCUCGGAGAGAUCGCGGCCUGCGCGAUCCGCGUGCCCACCGAGGUCGUCAAGCAACGGGCCCAGGCCGGGCUUUUUGGUGGCUCGGCCCUGCUCGCGCUGCAGGACAUACUGGGGUUGAGAAAGACCGAUGGCUACGCGACCAUGGUCCGGGAGCUCUACAGAGGAGGCGGAGUGACUAUCAUGCGCGAGAUACCCUUCACCAUCACCCAGUUCAGCCUGUGGGAAUACUUCAAGGCUUCAUACUCGGACCGACAGCACAGACUCACCGGACGCCAUGAAGGCUUGGUCACCGCGUCCGAGAGCGCAAUCUUUGGCAGUGUCGCAGGAGGCAUCGCCGCCGGGUUCACGACACCGCUCGACGUGCUGAAGACGCGCAUCAUGCUCGCUCGCAAGGAGGUAGGCAGUGCCUCUGCUCGUGCCGGCCCCCUUAAAGUACUGCAGCAGAUAUGGAGGGACGAGGGCGCGGCGGGUCUGUUUCGUGGCUUCGUGCCCCGUGUCGGCUGGAUCAGUACGGGCGGCGCAAUCUUUCUCGGCACAUAUCAAUAUGUCUCGAACCUGCUGGGUCCUGAAGACUCUUGA